AUGGUUAAAAUGGAAAAAUCUGUUAAUGUUAACUUCAGAGUGCAGGAUAGGUGGUUCAGAAAUUUAACUGGAGCUGAGAUACCACCAGAAGUUAAGAUCACAUUGUCACUGGGUUCAAAAUUCAACAUACCUGUUAACCUCAAAGAGGUGAAAGUAAAAGAUCUGAUAGCCGAUGUUGAGAGUAUAUUGGAUUUAGUCGAAGAAGACAAGAGAAACACCCUCAGAGCCAAGGUCACUAGUAUAAUCACCAGUGAACUACACAAAAAUGAAAACAAUAACCACUACAUAGGGAAGUUAUACAAUGUGACAAAAUCUUUUCUCAAAACAAACAACCAAUUGUUGGUGCUUGACAGUGACAAGGGUUCAGUGACGGUACUCAUGAACAGAACGGAUUACUUUACCAAAAUGUAUGAAAUUGUCAACACAGACAACUUUAGAGAGGUACCCAGAGAUCCAACAUCCACAAUCCAGACCAAGACAAACAAAAUCAUCAGCACACUGGAAACUGAAGGGAUAAUAAGCAGCAUCCAAGCCAAACAAAUGAAGUCGUAUAAUUCGACUAGUCCAAGAAUGUAUGGUAACCCAAAAAUCCAUAAAGAAAAUAUUCCAAUGAGACCAAUAGUUUCGGAUGUAAAAGGUCCAACUUGCAAACUAUCUGAGUAUAUAGCUCAAAUUCUUACAUCAGCCUAUGACGACACCAACAAUUACUAUGUUAAGGACUCCUUUGAUUUUUCAGCCAAGAUUAAUAACUUUGAACUACCACCAGGUUAUGUUUUGAUCUCUCUGGAUGUUGUCAAUUUAUUUGGGAAUAUUUCCAGGGAACUUGUUCUUGCUGCAUUGGAUGAUAGCUGGGAUAAAAUAAGUGAACACUGCACGAUACCACAAGAAAAAUUCAAGCAGAUAAUUACAUUUCUUAUGGAUUCGGGAUACUUCAUGUUUAAUGGAAAGUAUUACUUUCAGAUGUUUGGAUGCAUUAUGGGUUCCAGACUCAGCCCAAUUAUAUCACUGUAUGUUAUGGAUUACCUACUUACCAAGAGUAUACCGAGAUUGACCUUUAUAUUAGGCUUCAUUAAGAAAUUUGUGGAUGAUCUGAUCAUAUCCCUACCUUCAUCAGGGAUAAAUGAAAUUCUAGAAGUAUUUAAUGACUUUGAUCCAAAUAUAAAGUUUACUGUCGAGAUGGAGGAUGACAACAACUCCGUCCCAUUUCUCGAUACAAGAGUGUGCAGGGUGGGAGACAGAGUUAGGCUUGAUUGGUAUAGGAAGGAGACCUCAUCAGAGAGCAGAAAAACAGAAUAG